UGAGGGAAGUUGCAGCAGAAUCUCAUGACUCGGUCCGUGCAUCUUUAACGAUUUGCAAAGGAAAUAACGUGCAAAAACCCCCAGGCGCAGAGUGCCCGUCCCUCCGAGAGAGAACUUUAUUUCCGGCCGCCUGUCAGCGCGCAGCUGUCGGACCCGAGCGAGGGGCUGUGCGCGCUCGCGCUCCGUCAUUCAGGAAGUCCGCACCAACUGACGGCACUUCGCAAAGUCAGACCCGGACUAAGCCUUCCCGCGGAGAGACAGCGCGACGAGCCGCUCUUCAAACCGAACAACAACCAAAACAUUAUUUUUAAGAAGGUGCCGUCUCAUUCGGGUCAUGAAGAGAGUCGGCAACAAGAAAACUCUGGACUCCCACUGAAGAGAGGAAGAGGGACCCGACACCGCCUCACACAUUUCAUGCUGAUUCAUUUUCAUAGACACUGGGACGUCCCAUUUAGCCACGUCUGCUGCAGCCGUAUCCACCAGCCUGAAGGACGCGGCCCUGCAACAACAUGUUGGUCCAUAAAUUAGUCACGGCACAUCCAACGGGGGCCCCGGGGCUGGGGUUGUGCGCGGUCUAGCUGGCCAAUGCCGGGCCCGUCGUGGACAUCUGCCGCCGGCAGCAGCAGCAGCAGCAGCAGCAGUGCGUGCAUGAGCGUCGUCCCCGGCGCCUAGCUCAUGUCCAGCCCAUAAUGCCGUCGUCCACGCGGAAAGGCGUGCCCAAGGACCCCGAGCUGGCCGACCUCUUCUUCAAAGAUGACCCCGAGGAUGUCUUCUGUGACCUGCACGAGAUCGGACAUGGCAGCUUCGGGGCCGUCUACUUUGCCCGUAACUUGUACUCCAACGAGGUGGUGGCCAUCAAAAAGAUGUCCUACAAUGGCAAGCAGACUACCGAAAAGUGGCAGGACAUCAUCAAGGAGGUCAAGUUUUUGGGACAGCUGCGGCACCCCAACACGAUCGAGUACAAAGGCUGCUACUUGAAAGACAACACCGCCUGGCUGGUGAUGGAGUACUGUCUGGGCUCCGCAUCAGACCUACUAGAGGUUCAUAAAAAACCACUGCAAGAGUUGGAAAUUGCUGCCAUUACCCAUGGUGCCUUGCUGGGACUGGCUUACCUUCAUUCCCACAACAUGAUUCACAGAGAUGUGAAAGCUGGUAACAUCCUGCUGACCGAGCUGGGUCAGGUCAAACUGGCUGACUUUGGCUCCGCCUCCAUUGCCUCACCUGCCAACUCCUUUGUGGGAACACCUUACUGGAUGGCCCCAGAAGUGAUCCUAGCCAUGGACGAGGGCCAGUACGAGGGGAAGGUGGACAUCUGGUCGCUGGGGAUCACCUGUAUUGAACUCGCGGAGCGCAAACCCCCGUUGUUCAACAUGAAUGCCAUGAGUGCCUUAUAUCACAUCGCACAGAACGACUCUCCCACGCUACAGUCCAAUGAGUGGUCGGACCCCUUCCGGAGCUUCGUCGACUACUGCCUACUGAAAAUUCCUCAGGACAGACCCUCCUCGGGGGAGCUGCUACGACAUGAUUUUGUACGUCGGGAACGCUCGCCGCGCAUUCUCAUCGACCUCAUCCAGAGGACCAAGGAUGCGGUGCGCGAGCUGGACAACCUGCAGUACCGCAAGAUGAAGAAGAUCCUCUACCAGGAGAAACACAACGGACCAAUGGGAGAGAGCCAGGAGGAGGAAGAGGACAGCGAGGCGGCCAGCUGUAAGAUGAACAGCCUGGGAAGCAACCACUCCAUCCCCAGCACCUCGGUCAGCACGGGCAGCCAGAGCAGCAGCGUGAACAGCAUGCAGGAGGUGCUGGACGACAGCUGCUCCGACAUGACCGCCAUGCACCCGCAGGACUACAGCAGCACCCUGGAGUCGUCCCCGCACGCCAAGAAGGACCAUCUGUACAACUGGGACGAAGGACUCCACAGGGACCACCUGCAAGGGCUGAGGCCGUCCUCCUCCGACAAGAGCAGCCAGGCCCAGAACUACAAGAACCAGGGCCGCUUCGCCACCAUCAAGUCGGCCUCGCUGGUGACCAAACAGAUCCACGAGCAUGAGCAGGAGAGCGAGCUGCGGGAGCAGAUGUCGGGCUACAAGCGCAUGCGGCGGCAGCACCAGAAGCAGCUGAUCGCGCUGGAGAACAAGCUGAAGGCCGAGAUGGACGAGCACCGGCUCAAGCUGCAGAAGGAGGUGGAGACGCAGGCCAACAACGCCUACAUCGAGCUGGAGAAGCUGGCCAAGCGCCACGCCGUGCAUUCCGAGAAGGAGAUGAAGACGGCGUUGACGGAUGAGAAGAAGUUCCAGCAGCAGAUUGUGGCCCAGCAGAAGAAGGAGCUGACCACCUUUCUGGAUAAUCAAAAGAAGCAGUACAAGCUCUGCAAGGAGAAGAUUAAGGAGGAGAUGAACGAGGACCACAGCACACCCAAGAAGGAGAAGCAGGAGCGCCUGUCCAAGCACAAGGAGAACAUGCAGCAUUCCCAGGCCGAGGAGGAGGCCCUUCUCCUCGGCCAGCAGAGGGUCUUCUACGACAGGAACUGCCGCGGCUUCAAGCGCAAAGUCAUGAUCAAGAGGCACGACUUGGAGCAGGAGCAGAUCCGAGAGGAGCUGAACAAGAAGAAGACCCAGAAAGAGAUGGAGCACGCCAUGCUGAUCCGCCACGACGAGUCCAUGCAGGAGCUGGAGUACAGGCAGCUGAAGGUCCUGCAGAAGCUGCGCAUGGACCUGAUCCGCCUGCAGCACCAGACGGAGCUGGAGAACCAGAUCGAGUACAACAACCGGCGCGAGCGGGAACUCCACCGCAAGCACGUGCUGGAGCUCCGGCAGCAGCCCAAGAACCUCAAAGCGUUGGAGCUGCAGAUCAAGAAGCAGUUCCAGGACACGUGCAAGGUGCAGACCAAGCAGUACAAGGCCCUGCGGCACCACCAGAUGGAAGUGACGCCCAAAGCCGAGCACAAGACGGUGCUCAAGGCCCUGAAGGACGAGCAGACGCGCAAGCUGGCCAUCCUGGCCGAGCAGUACGAGCAGAGCAUCAACGAGAUGAUGGCCUCGCAGGCGCUGCGUCUGGACGAGGCCCAGGAAGCCGAGUGCCAGGCCCUGAGGCACCAGCUGCAGCAGGAGAUGGAGCUGCUCAACGCCUACCAGAGCAAGAUCAAGAUGCAGACGGAGGCGCAGCACGAGCGCGAGCAGCAGAAGCUGGAGCAGAAGGUGUCGCUGCGACGGGCCCACCUGGAACAGAAGAUCGAGGAGGAGCUGGUUUCCGUCCAGAAGGAGCGGACCGACCGCAUCAAGCACCUCCUGGAGCGCCAGGAGCGGGAGAUCGACAGCUUCGACAUGGAGAGCAUGCGGCUGGGCUUCGGCAACCUGGGCACCCUGGACCUCCCCAAGGACGACUACAGAUGAGGGCCGGGUCGCCUCGGCCACGCCCCCCCCCCCCCCCUCACCUGACAGGGCAGGUGUUCACUGCUGCUGGAGCCCUCAGGCGAACUCACUCGGAAAAAAAAGACAAAAAAAAGUAACAGAAAUGAAAAAUCUCCAGAAUGAGGUGAGUUGUGAUUUCUAGUUUGUGCCCCCCUCCCCCCCUCAAACAUCAAACCCCUUGAGACCCACCUGAAAUCUGCCCCUCAUGGUGUCACAACAUGCCGACGACGACGACAACAACAACAAGUGCUGGAUGACUUCCUGUAGGUGUCAUGUUUGUUUUUUGACGUAGUCACAGUGGUUCUCGUGUUGUGAAGAUGACCGAAGGAGGGGGGGGGGAAACUAAGUAUCGAUCCACAGCCACGCUUUUUAAGAGGUGAUUUGGGGUUUUUUUUAGAGGGAGGG